AAGACAGAUCCUGGCUGGAAGGGGUUCCCUCUUGCUUUAUCCCCUGCAAAAAGCAGGCCAAGCAUUAAGUCUUCACAGCAGCUCCACUGACAAAUAGCCCCAAACUGGAAACAGUUCUGGUGUCUCAGAACGGGAGAAAGCCAGACAGACCAUGGCCAGACCCCAGCAGGCCCUGCAGCUCCUGCUGGCCAUUCUGGUGGCCCUAGUGGCCUUCUCCAAUGAAGCAGGGAAAAAAACCUUUAUAAAAAUCCAAGAGGUGACUGCAACAGAUGUUUACGUAGCUGACACCCUGGAGUUCAUGACCAAAGAGUUCAACCAGAAAAGUGAUGACAAGUACAAUUUCCGGAUUGUUCGAGCCCUGAAAGUCAAGAAGCAGAUUACUGAUCAUAUGGAGCUUCAUGCAGACAUUGAAAUGCGGCGGACCACCUGCCAGAAGCCAGAGACCACCAACUGUGUCUUCCAGGAAGGGGAGCUUUACAAGGAAAUCAAGUGCUUCUUCUCAGUGUAUCUUGUACCUUGGUUUGAAAAGUACAAAAUUCUGAAGAAAAACUGCACUGAUGGCUAGAUAUCUCAGAGCACACACUUGUGAUCAUUGUAUUUGAGAGUGUCCUUCAGUGAAUAAUAAGUCUCAAUAAAGACAAUAAGUGUUUGUCAACCCAUGCUCUUAAUACUCUUCA